AGGGUCUUAGUCUAGGCCUGAACAAAACACGUUCCACAACAAGCGACAACUCCCGGCUCGGUCCAAAAGUCCAUCACGUUUCCACCUCCACCCUGAGUGCCAUUGGAAUGCCCAAGCAGCUUCCUUGAGCUAGAAACGAUGCCGAUUCACGCCUGAUGUAUUGAUCAAACUUGGAGUGCCCAAGUUCCCUCUCUUGUGGUCGCAUUGUUGCAACCGGCAAACUCCGCCUCCCGCUGCCGCUGUCGCAGCCGGGCCGUUGAUGACGCUCAGUUGCUUGAUCAGCUCCCCCUCGGGGUUCUUUGCGCCCACGUCCUGCGGUCCCCCUUACGGCUCCUCUGAAUCACAAAAUGGACAAGUUCAUGCGAAAAGAUAGCAGUGAUACGCUGCCGCUCUAUAAUAGCUCGGAAGAGCCAGCGCCACCAGGGGUACCUCUAGAGAUUUCGCGAUCGUGGUCCACUUCACCAAGGCUGAGUCCACGGACGACAUCUGCGCAAUCUAGAACCGUCGCCGAUGAAUACGCCUCUUUAACUCCUGUGGAAGUCGCCGCUCGACUAAAAACAUCGCUAACACACGGCCUCACGCCGGCCGAGGCUCUCUCGAGGUUACGCGACUAUGGGCCCAACGAGAUCCCCCACGAAGAGCCCGAGCCAAUAUGGUUGCGCUUUCUUAAGCAGUUUCAAGAACCACUUAUCGUUUUGUUGCUGGUCUCCGCCGGCGCGUCGAUCUUAGCGGGGAACAUGGACGACGCCGUGAGCAUCACGGUAGCAGUGACCAUUGUGGUCAGCGUGGGCUUCAUACAGGAGUACCGCUCCGAGAAGUCAAUAGAGGCGCUCAACCACCUGGUCCCAAAUCAUGCGCAUCUGGUACGAAAGCAGGCGCCAUCAAAGGCAUCUCCGGGCUCGCGCUCCCCUAACUGGCCAGGGGCUGGCGACAAGACCCUUGAACCGGGCGACAGCUCCGGUUCGCUUACCCCUGAGGAGGAGGUACUGGAGGCGACGUCAUCAAAGGUUAUGGCAGCGCAAUUGGUACCUGGCGAUCUGGUGCUGUUCACAACCGGCGAUCGCAUCCCGGCCGACAUCCGCGUGACGAAGGCGUCCGACUUGACAAUCGAUGCGUCGAAUCUCACGGGGGAGAAUGAGCCCGUCAGGGUCACCGCGAACACGCGCCCCCGCCGUGGGCUCGCUACGCCAACCUACGGCAGCGCAACAUUGCAGUUGCCUCAACCUUCCUUUUCCUUGGCCACUGGUGGGACUUCAACCAGCGAUGCCAAGGGCGACCAUGAUGGAAUACACAACAUUGCGUACAUGGGCACGCUGGUGAAGUCAGGACACGGCCAAGGCAUAGUGUUUGCAACCGGGGGCGACACGCACUUCGGCACCAUCGCGACCAGCGUCUCCGGAACCGAGAGCCCGCGAUCCCCGCUGCAGAUUUCCAUGGAUGAUCUAGGAUCCCAGCUGAGCAAGAUGUCGUUUGUCAUCAUAGGCCUCAUCUCCCUCAUUGGGUGGUUCCAGGGGAAGAAGCUACUUGAGAUCUUCACCAUUUCUAUUUCGCUGGCUGUCGCGGCGAUUCCGGAGGGCCUGCCCAUCAUUGUGACCGUCACCCUUGCUCUGGGCGUCCACAGGAUGGCAAGGCACAAUGCCAUCGUCCGCAAGAUGCCCAAGGUUGAGACCCUGGGGUCCGUCAACGUGGUCUGCACCGACAAGACGGGAACACUAACGAUGAACCAUAUGACAACCGCCAAGAUGUGGUUCUUUGGGGCCGACGACCCGCUUGACGUUGAUUCCGAUGAUGAGGCGACUGAGACCAAGCCUGAUCCUGCCGCGCUCAGGAUCUUGCGCAUUGGUAACAUUGCUAAUAAUGCACGCCUGGCCCACAAGUACACCGAAAACGGCGCCGCUGCGAGGGCCGUGCUCUCCUCGACCCAAGGGAGGGACCAAACAUCGACGUACACGCGGUGGGUUGGACAGCCGACGGAUGUGGCCAUGCUUGACCUCCUGGAUCGAUUUAAGGAGCACGACGUCCGAGAUUCCAUUGGACCUCGGGUGAGCGAGACACCCUUCAGCUCUGAGCGCAAGUGGAUGGGCGUCACCAUUGGCACGGAAGGAGGGAAGAAUGACAAGGAGUUCGCGUACAUGAAAGGGGCGAUCGAUAAGGUGUUGGAAGCUUGCGACACCUAUGUCACUAAGGACGGCAGGGAGGUUGUCAUGGACUCGACCCGGCGGCAGGAGGCUCUGCAGGCAGCUGAGCAGAUGGCUUCCCAGGGUCUCCGGGUCCUGGCUUUCGCGAGUGGGCCUGUCGCGAAGUCCAGAAGCAGUAGGCCCGCCGCCCAGGGGGCCAGGAGCAACACCCCGGGUUCGGAUAGGGCUGAGAGCCCGGUCCACUGCGGCGUCGAGGAGCAGUACAAGGGCCUCACCUUUGCGGGCCUGGUCGGCAUGAGUGAUCCACCACGGCCCGGCGUCGGACGCUCAAUCAGGAGGUUGAUGCGCGGCCGCGUAAAGGUCAUCAUGAUCACUGGCGAUGCCGAGACCACGGCGCUUGCCAUUGGCAAGCAGCUGGGCAUGGCGAUUGCCACUCCUACGGCGCAUACAUCCAACCAAAUCACCGUCAAGCCGGUCCUUCGAGGCGACGAAAUCGACGAAAUGUCGGAAGAGGACCUCGCGAGGGUACUGGACCACACCACCAUCUUUGCGCGCACAAACCCGGACCACAAGCUGAAGAUCGUCAGGGCACUCCAGUCCCGCGGCGAUAUUGUCGCCAUGACGGGAGACGGGGUCAACGACGCGCCAGCGCUCAAAAAGGCGGAUAUUGGCAUUGCCAUGGGCAUGCACGGCACCGACGUCGCCAAGGAAGCCGCCGACAUGAUCCUGACGGACGACGACUUCUCGACCAUUCUCCACGCCAUCGAAGAGGGCAAGGGCAUCUUCAACAACAUCCAGAACUUCCUAACGUUCCAGCUCUCCACCAGCGCUGCCGGCCUCUCCCUCGUCCUGAUCUGCACGGCGCUGGGCUUCAAAUCUCCGCUCAACGCGAUGCAGAUCCUCUGGAUCAACAUCAUCAUGGACGGACCCCCCGCACAAUCCCUUGGCGUCGAAGCCGUCGACAAGGACGUCAUGAACCGGCCGCCCCGCCGGCGCGGCGACGCCGUGCUCACGCGCCCCCUCGUGGCGCGCGUCCUGACGCAGGCGGCCAUCAUCAUGGCCGGCACGAUGCUGGUGUACACGCACGAGAUGCUCGACGACGGGCAGGUCACGCGCCGCGACACCACCAUGACCUUUACGUGCUUCGUGCUCUUCGACAUGUUCAACGCGCUCGCCUGCCGCUCCGAGAGCAAGAGUGUGCUGCGCGGCCAGGUCGGGCUGCUCCAGAACGUGCUGUUCAACUGGGCCGUCGCGGGCAGCUUGAUGGGCCAGUUGCUGGUGAUCUACUUCCCCUGGCUGCAGGAGGUGUUUCAGACCGAGGCGCUCGGGUGGCGGGAUCUGGCAGGGCUGGUGGUGCUGUGCAGCACGGUGUUCUGGGCGGAUGAGGCCAGGAAAUGGUGGAGGUAUGGGAGGGAAGGCGGCAGGGGGAGGAGAGGGGUUGGCACUGCAUUGGGUGGAGCGUAUAGUCAGGCGGUUUGAGAUGCCCCUGGUGGCUGAUCGGCUUACUUUAUGUUGUGAAUGAGUUCUUGGUUACGCCCUGGUACGAUUAGAUGUUGUAUGUCAUGGGCUGGAUUGGGUGCGUGCGGUGUAUAUGACCGGUACUGGGGGGUUGGAAUUGUACUGUACUUACGGAGUACCCCAGUCUAAUACAUACCUAGACAGCCGACGAAGCCGGCUCUUGUUCAUGUGCAGUAUGUACAUACAAUACAGAACCCCUAUCAACGUGCGUG